CUAUAUUGAGGGUGCUAGGAGACAUGCACGUCCAGAAGAUGAUGAGAGUGAAAACAUGGAUGAGGACAUGGAAGAGGUGGAGGGAGGGGAAGAGCAUGUGCACGAGGAACAUUUGAAUGAGCAAGUUCUGUAUGACGUGUCUUCUGGUCCAAGAAACCAUGGCCGUUUUGCCAUAGCAAAUGGUGCUGUUAGGGCGGCAGAUGUUAGGGCAGCUGCAAAGGAAAGGACCGUGCGGCCAUCAAAUCCAGUGUCUUUGCAAAGCAUGGCUCGAGAAAUGGCACGCCUACACUGUGCAAAUGAAAGGUUACAAGAACAGAACCAUGCAAAGGACAAAGCCUUGCAGCAAUACCAAGUUACUACAGACUUGACAUUGAAUCUGUAUCGGCAGUUAGGACAGGAAAUCCCAAAGAAUGCAUUGCAACGCCUAUCAUCUGCCCAGGCAAUUGUGAGUAUAUACGCCCAAGCAAUUUAAUAUGCAUCUAAUAAUGUACUGAAA